CAUGAUAUGGAAAUUUUUUUUAAAGGUAACUGAUCAUUCCAAUUGUUUUUUUGAAAAUACUUGGCUUUUCCUUUCACUGAUACUUGAAAUUAUUUUCAAUACAGGGCCCAGCCUUCUAUCCCAGAGUGCCCUUCAGCUCAAUUCCAAAUCGGAAGGCUCUUUUCAAUAUCCAUCAAGCUAUCAUAGCAACCAGACCCUAGCCCUUGGAGAAGGAACAGCAUCCCAGCUCCCAGCCCGCAGCAGUCAAGCUAGAGCUUCUCUACAGAACUAUGGUCAGGGCACCACUGGCCGGACUGCCCACCUCGCCACUUCGGAGCCGCCGCCACCCCCGUCGCAGCCGCUGGCCAGGGAGACCUUCGCGCCCAGCCAUGGGAGCGCUUUCCACUUGCCGGACUCCUCCUGCUCCUCCUCCUCCUCGCAGCAGCCACACUCGCCGGCCCUCUACUACUCCAGCUCCACGCUGCCGGCGCAGAGAGUGAGCUCGCCCUUGUCCAUGCAGCAGGUGGGCUCGCCUACCAAGCUCCAGCGGGCGGACUCCGCCUCCGAGAGCGGCGGCGGGGGCUACGGCACCACGCAGCGGGUUUCGUCUCCCAAGCAGUCGCCCAGCCGCCUCGCCAAGUCCUACAGCACCAGCUCGCCCAUCAACAUCGUCGUCUCCUCGGCGGGGCUCUCGCCUUCUCCGAUCCGGGUCACCUCCCCUCCCACCAUCCAGUCCAACAUCUCCUCUCCCAUUCAUCAGCUGAGCUCCACCAUCGGCACCUACGCGACCCUCUCGCCCACCAAGAGGCUGGUCCACCCUUCCGAGCAGUACAGCAAACACUCCCAGGAACUAUAUGCCACGGCCACUUUGCAGAGACCCGGAAGCCUAGCAGCUGGAUCCCGGGUUUCAUACACAAGUCAACAUAGCCACCUGGGCUCAGAACUCAGGGCACUACAAUCUCCAGAGCAUCACAUAGAUCCUAUUUAUGAGGACAGAGUGUAUCAGAAGCCCCCUAUGAGGAGUCUCAGCCAGAGUCAGGGAGACCCUCUUCAACCAGCACAUACAGGCACAUAUCGCACUAGCACAGCCCCAUCUUCCCCUGGUGUCGACUCCGUACCCUUACAGCGCACAGGCAGUCAACUCGCCACACAGAAUGCAUCAGCGACCUUCCAGAGGGCCAGCUAUGCUGCCGGCCCUGCCUCCAAUUACGCAGACCCCUACCGACAGCUGCAGUAUUGUCCUUCUGUUGAAUCACCAUACAGCAAAUCUGGACCAGCCAUCCCACCUGAGGGAACCUUGGCUAGGUCACCUUCUAUUGAUAGCAUUCAGAAAGAUCCCAGAGAGUUUGGAUGGCGAGAUCCAGAACUUCCAGAAGUUAUUCAGAUGUUACAGCAUCAGUUCCCCUCUGUACAGUCUAAUGCUGCUGCUUAUUUACAGCAUUUAUGCUUUGGCGACAAUAAGAUAAAAGCUGAGAUAAGAAGACAAGGAGGGAUACAAUUACUGGUGGAUCUCUUGGACCAUCGAAUGACAGAAGUCCACCGUAGUGCCUGUGGGGCUCUGAGGAACUUGGUAUAUGGGAAAGCUAAUGAUGACAACAAAAUUGCUUUGAAAAACUGUGGGGGUAUUCCAGCACUAGUACGAUUACUCCGGAAGACUACAGAUUUGGAAAUCAGAGAACUGGUCACAGGAGUCCUCUGGAAUCUAUCUUCUUGUGAUGCACUGAAAAUGCCAAUUAUCCAGGAUGCUCUAGCAGUGUUGACCAAUGCAGUGAUCAUUCCUCAUUCUGGAUGGGAAAAUUCCCCCCUUCAGGAUGACCACAAAAUUCAACUUCAUUCAUCACAGGUGCUGCGCAAUGCCACUGGGUGCCUAAGGAAUGUCAGCUCUGCUGGAGAAGAAGCUCGGAGAAGAAUGAGAGAAUGUGACGGACUUACUGAUGCAUUGCUUUAUGUGAUUCAGUCUGCUCUAGGAAGCAGUGAAAUUGAUAGCAAGACCGUUGAAAACUGUGUGUGCAUUUUAAGGAACCUCUCAUAUAGACUCGCUGCAGAAACAUCUCAGGGACAGCAAAUGGGGACUGAUGAACUUGAUGGUUUACUUUGUGGUGAUGCCAAUGGGAAAGAUGCUGAAAGUUCUGGAUGCUGGGGCAAGAAAAAGAAGAAAAAGAAAUCUCAAGAUCAGUGGGAUGGAGUUGGUCCUCUCCCUGACUGUGCAGAACCACCAAAAGGAAUCCAGAUGCUAUGGCACCCAUCCAUAGUCAAACCCUACCUCACACUUCUCUCUGAGUGCUCAAAUCCAGAUACACUGGAAGGGGCAGCUGGUGCACUACAGAAUUUGGCUGCAGGUAGCUGGAAGUGGUCAGUAUAUAUCCGUGCUGCAGUACGGAAAGAAAAAGGCCUGCCUAUACUAGUAGAACUUCUUCGAAUAGACAAUGAUCGGGUGGUAUGUGCGGUUGCAACAGCUUUACGAAAUAUGGCCUUAGAUGUCCGAAAUAAAGAACUAAUAGGCAAGUAUGCCAUGCGGGACCUGGUUCACCGGCUUCCAGGAGGUAACAACAGUAACAAUUCAGCAAGCAAGACCAUGUCUGAUGAUACCGUAACUGCCAUUUGCUGCACCUUGCAUGAAGUCAUCACAAAAAAUAUGGAAAAUGCCAAGGCCUUACGAGAUGCAGGAGGAAUUGAGAAACUUGUUGGCAUUUCCAAAAGUAAAGGAGACAAGCACUCACCAAAAGUAGUGAAGGCAGCAUCUCAGGUCUUAAAUAGCAUGUGGCAAUACAGAGAUCUGAGAAGUCUAUACAAAAAGGAUGGAUGGUCACAAUAUCAUUUUGUAGCUUCAUCAUCAACAAUAGAGAGGGAUAGGCAAAGACCGUAUUCUUCCUCACGCACACCUUCCAUCUCUCCGGUGCGCAUGUCUCCCAACAAUCGUUCAGCAAGUGCCCCAGCCUCCCCUCGGGAAAUGAUCAGUUUAAAAGAAAGAAAAACAGAUUAUGAGUCAACUGGAACAAAUGCUACUUACCAUGGGAAUAAAGGAGAGCAUACUUCUAGAAAAGACACCAUGACAGGUCAGAACUCUGGAAUCUCUACUUUGUAUAGAAAUUCUUACGGUGCACCUGCUGAAGAUAUCAAACACAACCAGGUUUCAACACAGCCGGUCCCACAGGAGCCCACAAGAAAGGAAUACGAACCAUAUCAGCCAUUUCAAAAUUCAUCAAGAAACUAUGAUGAGUCCUUCUUUGAAGACCAAGUGCAUCAUCGCCCACCUGCCAGCGAGUACAAUAUGCACCUGGGACUCAAGUCCACUGGCAACUACGUUGAUUUCUAUUCUGCUGCUCGGCCCUAUAGUGAACUCAAUUAUGAAACAAGCCACUAUCCAGCCUCUCCAGAUUCCUGGGUUUGAGAUUUGGGCAAGAAAAAAAGAAGAGGUCCAGGAACUGUGCAUGUGCAUGCAUAUCACAAGACAUUCUUUUCCUGCAAAUUUAGUUUGUUAAAGCCUGUUCCAUAGGAAGGCCCUAAUACUCAGUCUGGAACAAUUAAGGUAUCUUUAGAUGGCUAAAAUAAUGGGAAACUAAGCGCGGGAGUGUUAUUAGGAAGAGUGGGAUGUGUAUCUAUUUCUGUAUCUAUAGAAUCCUAUCUCUUAAAUAUAGAUAUAGAAAUAUACUGGGGGGAGGGCAGCUUUGCAGUUGACCUUGUAAUGUAGAGUUUAAAACAAAUAGUACUGUACACUGAAUGUGGCUGAAGGAAGUUAGGGAAGUUACAACCAUUGAAGUGAGUCCAGAGUUAAGCACAAGAAAAUGAACAGUUUACAAACCUUAUGGGGGACAGCUUCUCACCCUUUGUUUCCUCUCUUCAUCCAUUGUGAAUUUAGGCUUCAAGUUGCAUUUGGGAUUUCCUCUGUACAGCAAGAUGUUUCUUGCCUUUUGUUAAUGCAUUGUUGUAAAGUAUUUGAUGUACAUUACAGAUUUAAAAACCAGAGAGAAAGAGAGAGCAAAGUGCAUUGUGUAUAUUACAUCAAUGCCACAGUGUUUCUUCAUCUAUGGUUCUAAAUAUUGCUUCAAUUACACAACUUUGAAAUAUGUAUGAAUUUCCAGGGGUAGGGGAGGGUUUUUUCUUUUUCUUUUCCUUUUUUCUUUUCCCCAGUAUGUUUUAAGAGGAGAAAACAAAAACUGAUAUUUAGCAGUAUUGUUCGUUCUGAUAUGUGAAUUUGUUUGUGGCAACUAAAAAAAAAGGCAUUCAGCAGUUUCUGACAAUUAACAUUCAUCAUUCCACACUCCUUGUCAACAAAGUGCUUUUUCACUGCCUAAAAUUUUAGAUGUAGAUAUUUGAAAUAGAUUUUUUUCAUUUAUACCAGUUUUCUUUAUGAUGAUACAGUGUUGAAAGAAAAUAAAUUACAAUUGAUCUGU